UCGGGAUCCAGAUCUCUACUCAAGAUUCCGCGCCGCAGCUCGAACUCAGUUACAUUGACAAGGCUCACUACACUCUGGCUGGCGGCCUUCAUUGGCCUUGUAGUAUCAACACAACAUGUCAACAUCGCUGUAUCCGCUCGCCUCGCUGCCUCAGAUAGAGAAGACGCCGUCUCGGGAGGAUGGCAUACCAGACGGCCUGGAGGAGGAGUUGCGUGCAUAUGGGUGCAAGCUCAUUCACGAAGCGGGUAUUUUGUUGAAACAAAACCAGGUGGCAGUAGCUACUGCUCAGAUCCUUUUCCAGAGGUUCUGGUUCGUCACAUCUAUGAAACAGUUCGGCAUAGGCGAUAUAGGUAUGGGCGCUCUCUACCUCGCAUCCAAACUCGAAGAGUGCCCCAUACGCAUCCGCGACCUCAUCAACAUCUACGACCUGCUGCUUCAGCGUAAAGCCCACAUACGGGCGCAAGCCAUGGCGUCAAGACUCGCAUCCACAUCAGCACAUCCACGCACAGAAUUCAAGUAUACCCCCAUGUCAUACUUCGGCAACACUUUUUACGAGCUCAAGGACGCCUUGGUCGUCGCCGAGAUGCAGAUCCUCAAGCGACUCGGUUUCAACCUCACCGUGGUCCUGCCCUACAACACACUCGUCAACUACCUCAGAGUGCUAGGCCUCACAAGUCGGGAGGACGUCUGCACCAAAGCAUGGGGCUACCUGAACGACGCGUUGCAGACGCCCGUGUAUGCGCUCUACUCCGUCCCGACUAUCGUUUGCGCCGCGAUCCUGCUCACGACGCGCCACCUGGGCAUCGGCCUCCCGUCCGCGCCCGAGAACUGCUGGUGGGAGCUGUUCGACGCAGAGUGGGAGGACCUCUGGAACGUGUGCGGGUACAUCAUGCGAUUGUAUCGUGAACGGACAUCAGAAGAUCAUACGCGUGUAAUGGGGAUGGUGGCGAAGAAGGGCGUCCGUCAGUGGCUGGAGGAGCAUCGCCCGGCUGGCGGAGAGGGGCAUUGAGGGGCGUUUGUACGACAUGUAAAUUAGAGUGAGUUCUAUGGUCGAACAUCGUGUGAUAAUGACGCGUCUAGUUUGUUCCUUCGUCCCUCAAGCAUACUCUUUCGCACUUCUGGUAGCAACGAUCCCCGAGAUUCGGCUCAAUCUCGAAAUGGCUACUACAUGUGUCGACAGAGAACUUUUUGAAGCUUCGCGUCACAGCGUACAUGUGUACUCAUGGAACAGGGACCCUUCUACGAAUGAUCUGCAGUGACUUCAGUCACACAGCCAGAGUACGCGUCUCACUACCGACGUUGCAAUAAGGGCAUUAGAUUCGGAGAAAAGACAACAUCCUUGCAUCGUGCAGAUGAUGAACCGGACACCAGCUACACAAGG